AUGAAGCUCAUAGAACGUGAUAGCUUCCGGUCGCAAACCCAAUGUCCGUGUUGGUUUGGACAGGUUUGAGAUGGUGGUACCAGCCGCGCUAGCCUCCCGCCUUUCAUAUAUAAAGGCACCGGGAAGCCUCAGUUUUAAGUAGACACCUGAACCAUAAUCCCCAUCUGCCUAUCGUAUUUCUUGUGACUUCGUAGCGCACCAUGUCGAAGCCUACUCUCUACACCUUUGGAUUGUCUGUCUGGGCCGCUGUGCCAGAUAUCGCAAUUAUUGAACUGGAGUACCCUCCGGAUGCUAUUGAGAAGAAGGUGGUCAACCUCGUCGAGGGCCAGAACUUCACGUCCGAGUUCCUCAAGCUGAACCCGCACGCCACCCUGCCUACUCUAACCGCUGAUGGAAAGUCCUACAUCAAUACGGAUGAAGUUACCCAUUACCUGGUUGAGCAUGCUCCAAAGAAGGUCGCUCCCAGGACAAGGUCAUUUAUCGAUAGGAUUCACGAGGAUGCGCUUGAUCCCAACUUCCCCAUGCUCGCCGUGCGCAAUGAUGAAGAGCUCAAGAACGCAGCGUCAGGCUUCCCGUUCACGUUUCUCGAAAAUCGUCAAAAGGCUUUGUUAAAGUAUUCGCAAACUCCCGAAGCGGCUCCCUUCAAGGAAUUCUACGACGCGAAGAUCGCUGGCAACGGUGGUGUCCUCGCGAUCUACAAGGGAGAGGUUCCCGAGGAUGCGAAGAAGGGGUUCUUUGAACUUUCGAACAAACAUUGGCAGCAUAUCGCCGACUAUAUUGUAAAGGAGCUUCCUGACUUACUUCCCGCAUCAGGCUUCCGUGGCGGUGAGACCCCAGGUGAAGAUGAUUUCCAUCUCGCUGCCUGGCUCGCUCGUGUUGCCUUUGUUGUAGGCGCGACACCGGCCAAGGGCGGAUACACAGCGUUGGAGAAGGUGCUUCAGGGACCUGUACCUGACAAAGUUGCUGCAUACUGGGAUACUUGGACUGAGCGGCCUGGCUGGAAGCAAACCUACCCUGAUAGCCUGCACUGAUCGUGUCCUAUUCUUCUUUGUUUCUCGUCAUUUAUACGUUGUAUCCAGCAUAUAAAGCCCGCACAACACACUUACCACGAUUAACUCAUCCAUGAUCACCGGUUGGUCGCACAUAUGGUCGCACAUAUAUACAGAAGAAUAUAUAAUGACAGCGCUGGAUAAUGGUCGGUAUUUC